GCCAAUUCAGUCAGUUGGACAAUACUCUCAGUCGAGCACGGACUCACCGAAACAAACACACACAAAAGACGGAAAAGGGAUAAAGAAAUUGCUGCAGAAAUGCGAACAACAGCGUUGCUGAGCCUGCUGGGCCUGAUGCUGUGCAACAUCGAUGGCAGCGUGGUACCGUUGCCGGUGGCAUUGCCAACGCCAUUGGCUGGCACAUACCUGCUGCCACAACCGGGUCCUGUGCUCUUGCUAGUCCAACCACCACCACCACCGCCCGAGGAUGAUGGCAGCUACAAGCCACCGAUUCCACCAGCUGAUGGCAGCUGGUCACCCCAACCCGGCUUAGAGGGCGAAUAUGUCGAGGCCUCGACUUCAGAUGCCAGCUUAACGGAUGCUUCGCUGGUCGUGGACAGCUCCUCAGCCGCUGUCGCCGCUCUUGAUGAGAAGUUGCUUAUUGAUGCCUCUGCAUCAGCUGCAGCUGAGGCCGCGGCUGCAGCUGCUGCUGCGGCUGCUGCAGCUGGAGGCGCUGGAGGUGGUGGUGGCGGCGGUGCUGGACAGGCAGGACAACCCGGCGGCUUGUUGGGCGGUGCUGGCGGCGCAGGUGGAGCUGGAGGCGGUGGAGCUGCUGGUGGUGGUGGCGCUGGCGGUGGCGGUGGAGGCGGUGGAACUUUGACAUCCGGCACGAGCGGACAAAGUGGACAGCCAGGUGGCCCAAGUCCUGCUGGCGCACAACCGGAUGGUGAAGAUGGCGCCGAUGGCGCUGAUGGACCCGAUGGACCGGAUGGCUCGAAGGGCGGCAAAGGAGGCAAGGGCGGUCAAGGUGCACGCAAUGGCGCCGGCGGCGGUGGCGGAGCUGGUGGCGCUGCGCCACAAGCAGCGCCCGUAGCUGUGCUGCUUCCGGCACCUGUUUGGCCACUGCCGGAACAUAAUUUGAUCACCGAUUUUUAAGAUGCCUGCCAGAUGUACCAGAUGCCAAUUGCCAGUUAGUGUUGUAAGCCAACGUUUAGCCUUAGGUCUAGUCAAUGUGUCAGCUAACCAGCAAGCGAAUAUUAAAAUUCGAAAACGCAAGUUUCGGUCUUGUAUAGUACACUCUAAUAGUGCACGCAAUUAAAGCACGUUACAGUGGCAGCCAUAAAUCUCUA